AUGCGCGAGACAGACCUGACAAAGUAUGCAAGCCUAGCUGAGUUCUUCGCGCGCGAACUCAAGCCAGGUGCAAGGCCUAUUGACACUGAUGCGGCGCUUGUCUCGCCAGCUGAUGGGAAAAUUUUGCACCUGGGCAUUGUUGAGGGCGAUCGCGUAGAGCAAGUAAAGGGCUUAACGUACUCACUGCGGUCUUUGCUUGGCCAAGACUCGACGGCGCAAGCAGAGCAUGAUAUUCAUCCUCAUAUGUCACCGAACAUGAGCAUCGCAGCUGAGCAGCAAUUCGCUCGGCUCAAUGGGAUUGACUAUAGUCUCGAAGAGCUUUUGGGCAGCGAGUCCAGUAGUGGACUUCAUCGUGCUGGUACUUAUGCUAUGGGCUGGAUUCGUAGCCCGUGGCGAUGGUUGAAGCAUAUGCUGACAGGCACGCCAUCUCGCGCACAAGAAACACUUCCCAUUCACCAAGUGACGCAAGCAGAACUAGCCGCAGAUAACCAAGAGCAAGAGACUCGCGAUGCAGAGGAGCAAGACGUGGGUAUCCCUACGUCUGAUACGCCGAAAAACCUUGGGCAUUAUGCCAACAUUGCCUAUGAAAUGGGAACACAGGCCAUUCCGCCCUUUCAGCAGCAGCAGGGCUGGAGUCCUGCUCCGGGGCACCAUCUAUAUUUUUGCGUGAUUUACCUGGCACCCGGUGACUAUCACCGCUUCCACAGCCCUGUGCCGUGGGUCGUGGAGAUGCGGCGACACUUCCGCGGCGAGCUGUACUCGGUGUCUCCGUAUGUGGCAACGCGCCUGCCGAAUCUCUUUUUGUUAAAUGAACGUGUCGCAUUGCUCGGCCGCUGGCGUCAUGGCGUCUUUAGCAUGACGCCGAUCGGAGCGACGAAUGUGGGUUCCAUCCAAAUCCACUUCGACCGGCUCUUGCGCACCAACUUGCACGAUGAGCGCAAGUUCACCGGCACCUAUGCUCAAGCGACAUACAAUGCGGCAAGUCGCAUCCUGGGCGGUCAGCCCUUGGCCACCGGCGAUGAAAUGGGCUCGUUCCUCCUUGGUAGCACAAUUGUUCUGGUAUUUGAGGCUCCAGAGCAAUUCCACUUUGUCCGCAGGUCUGGUGAACACAUCAAGGUCGGCGAGGCAUUGGGGCGUGUGGUCUCAGAGUAG